UUAAAAAAAAGCAUGAUGACAAUAAUAAUACAACUACUACAAUGCAGCAAUUGCUGCAGUUGCCCCACACACAGGAAGUCAGCGCCGUGCGGCGGGAGGAGCGCUGCAGGUGUUCCCGGGCCAUUGCCGCCGUCGCCGCCGCUGCUGCUGCCGCUGCCGCGUCGCGGGGAGUGGCUGCACCUGGCCGGGUUCCGCCUCACGUCACGCCGCCUGCUCCCCGGGGCUCCUCUCACCUGCACCAUGUCGGCUCCCGCUGUAAACGCCAACGCCAACACCAACCCUAACUCCGUGUCUUUCCCGGCUCCGCGGGUAACCCUACCCCUCGGCAUACCGGUGCUACAAACCUACUCCGGUGUAUUCAUCUGUUUGGAGAUAUUGUUCGGAGGCCUGGUGUGGAUUCUGAUCUCCUCGUCUAACGUGCCGGUGCCUCUGUUGCAAGGAUGGGUGAUGUUCGUGUCGCUCACCAUGUUCGUGUGCUCUUGCCUCUACCUGUCGGUGUAUCUUUGCGGGCUGGCCGACCGGGUGGACACAGACUGGAAUAUGGUGGACUUUGUCUAUCACAUCAUCGCCUUUGUAUUCUACUUUGGGGCAUCACUGCUUGAAGCUGCAACAACGUCUGCGGCUGUAGAUCCUGGAAGCAUUAAUGCAACCUUAGGGAGAGCUAAGUUGAUAACUGUUCUAGAUUUUCGACAGUACAGUAUCAAUGUUAUUGCUACGAUAUUUUCAUUUGUCGUUACCCUGUGUUAUGCCUGUAGUCUGACUCUUGCCUUGAGAAGAUGGAAACUGUAAAUCGGUGCCCAUGAACUAUAUGGAAAGAUAGAGGUGGCUGGAUUCAUUUCGCUGACACACCACUUGCAUUGCUGAAAGACUUCCCAAGACCAAGGGUGGUCCUUCAAAGGCCAAUACUGUUUUAUACUGGAGUGAUUUUGCAGCAGUGUCUUUUGUUAAUAAAUUAAUAACAUUUUUGUGAUUAUUUUCAGUGUUAAGAUCUAAAACUUGUGAAAGAAUAAAAUGGAUUCCAAUCUGUCGGAAUGUUCAGUGUGUUUCUCAACAGUUAUAGGUUACACAAUAUAUUUGAUUGCAGUAUCAGAGUUUUUGUACAGUAAAAGAUUUGGGGUGAAGGGAAUAAAAAAAAUCCCAAGGACUGAAAUCAUGUUUAUCUGCUUCCGUAAACACUUCUCUUUUAAAUGUAAUCAUUUUCAUUAGUGCUUGUGAAUUUUCAUAUUGCAUAAUUUAUUUACAUUAUAUAACCUUUACACUCUUGAGAUUCAGUACAUUAAAUGGAUAAAUAUGAAGUAUUGUGAAACGUCGAAAUUUGUUUUUAUUAAAUCCCAGUUAUUUUAGUUUUCUUACACUUAAUAUAUCAGGAGCUUUUUGUUAUGGAAGAAAUAGCCUUGUAUUAUAUGUGCUAGUUAAAAUGAAGAUUUUUCUAAGUAGGUCAGGGAGUUUUGGAUAUAUUGAUAAUUCUCUGAUCAGUAGUAAUGCGGAAGAAGAGAUUACUAUUUUUUUUCCAGACAGUUAUGAUUUCAUAAUUGGUGAUUUGUAUUUUUACUAACAAAACAGUGUGAUUUGGUUUACCACAGAUAUUUAUCUCGGUUUUCAUUGGGUAUUUUUUUUUGGUUGCUCCAAUAUUUGCUCCAAUAGGAAAACUGUCAUUUGACAUCAGGCUGCUGAUUCAUAACUUCAACCAUCUCGGAGCAAGUAUUAAUCCGAUACCAAGUAAUUAAUCUAUCAUACACUUCAGUUUGGUCAAUUUCGCAAAUACACUUUUGCAAAUCAUCAACACAAGCUAAAUAUUCCCUAAUUUGCUAUCUUGCUUUCCAAUGGUAUACAUUGUGGUUUUCUUGAUUCUGACGUCUAAUGUUUAUCCUAGUUUUUUUUUAAGUAAUUGCACUGAAUAAAGGUUGUAAUCUGA